AUGUUGGCGACAGGCAUCUCCUCCGGUAUUCUCCCUGCGGCGGCCCCUCGCUCCUCCUCCCUCCGUCGCCUCUCCGGCGACUCCGUCGCCGCAUUCCGCCGCCGUAUCAGCUUCUCCGCCCCUUCUUCGUCUUCGCCUUCGUCUUCCUCUUCCUUUUCUCUCUCGCCGCUGCGGACGAUGAGCUGGUUGGGGAAGAUCGGAUUCGGCUCCGGCAACCGCGCGACUGCGGGAAUGGACGCUGAGGCGGCGUCCGCCAUCGCACAGGGGCCUGAUGACGACAUUCCCAUGCCGGGGAAGCAGUUCGCGCAGUUUGGCGCAGGCUGUUUCUGGGGAGUUGAGCUCGUUUUUCAGAGAGUUCCCGGGGUGGCUCGGACCGAGGUAGGGUACACUCAGGGGAAUACGCAUCAACCUACCUACGAGGACGUGUGCUCGGGGAUGAGUAAACACUCGGAGGUGGUCCGGCUGCAGUACGACCCUGCAGAAUGCAGCUACAACACCCUGCUAGACGUGUUCUGGUCGCGGCACGACCCUACCACCCUCAAUCGCCAGGUCCGAUUCCCCCUCUUUUCUUUGAAUCUUUAGGGUUUUAUGUUCUGAUCAAUGCUUGUGGUUUCAUUCUGAGUGUUUCUAGUUGUACUUUUGACGCGAUUGAGUGUUCUACAUUGUUGUACUCCUCGAAUCCGUGGUUCUGGAUAUGUAAUGAGAGCAAGAAAAGCUGCCUCGGUGGAAGAAUUUUUUUUAAUCCCAUAGAUAGAGUCAAUUAAGCGCUAAUUCUCCGUUGCUGUUCCGAAAAACGGGCCAGCUAUUGGAAGAGAGACUGAUCCAGCAGAGAAAGGGGUUUAGGUGGGACAUCCCUCUGAGAGAUGGAUGAUACAGGGUUUGGAGGGUUUUUCUCUGGAUUGUCCAAGACCUAGGUCGUCGGAGUAAGCUUAAACGGAAUUCAUGAUUUCGGAAAGACCGUAGAAUACAUUGAACGGAUUAAAAUUCCCACUGAACUGAUCUUCCAAGUUUUAAAUUCAAAAUUCAGCGACAUAAGAUUCAUUGUCGUCUUUGAUCUGCGGAUCAAGCAAACACCUAUUUGAUCUGCAAAACUUUUGAGGUAUCAGGGAAACCAGUGUAACCGCCUGUUUGAAGCACAUCAGCAGAGGAAAAAAAAAAGCCCUUUACGGACAUUUUGUACUAGAUUGAACUUGGUUUUGAAACAGCUGCUUUAGACUUGCGGGUUUAGAUCCAUGCUCAUUGAUCCUUGUAGACUAGCCUUGUUUGAUAACUCAUGAGCUCGAUUUUCUGACCAUUGAUGGAAGCGUCAUUAGUUAUGAGAACUGCCUGCUUCUUUCUUUCUGCUGCAGAAUUAGUUCUAACUGUGUCUAUGAUGUUCCCCCGACAAUUUAAGCUGAUUAAAUAAAUCCACUAUGGGAAAAGUAACCUGACCCAAAGAAAGACGCUCUCAGUGACUGGUUUCAAGAAGCAAUGAAGGUUAUGAAGCUUGGAAUUCUGAUAAGAUUGCCGAGAGGAAUUCACAGACAGAUGUGACAUCGAGGGAUUCUGGGUUUGAAAUUCUGAAUAAUUUGGAACUCGAGACCAGUUAAAGGUGUUCUGCUGAUUGAGAUUGAUCUACAGGCUGCAUAAUCUCCCUCAUUUGGGUUGGAGACAUUCGAUUAAAUGUCUUGAAUCUAUGUUCUGAUGCCGUUAAUGACAGUGGGUAUUCAUAGAACUUCACUGUGCUAUGUUUUUUGGUGUGCCAGUUUUAGCUCAUGAGUUAAUUUUUUAUUUUCCUGUUAAAUAUUACACCAGUCUCCAAUUUGCAUGUAGAUACUCUCUGGAUACUUCAUAAUUUGGAAGUCAAAAGUCCCAACAUCGUCACUGGCCACCAAAAUGUAGUCAUCCCAUGUCUGGUAUUUCGGCUAAAUCAUGGGGCAUAUCCCUAAGUUUCUCAUAUUAAAUUAGCAUAUGGCCAAUAUAGAACAGGAAGAAACAUCUCUCUCUCUCUCUCCCUCUCUCUCCCUCUCUCUCUCUCUCUCUCUCUCUCUCUUACUCUCUCACUCACUCACUCACUCAAUCACGCACCCUCUCACUCACUCACUCACUCACUCACGCUCUCUCUCUCUCUCUCCCUCUCUCUCCCUCUCUCUCUCUCUCUCUCUCUCUCUCUUACUCUCUCACUCACUCACUCACUCAAUCACGCACCCUCUCACUCACUCACUCACUCACUCACGCACUCACUCACUGUCUCUGGCUGCAGGGCAACGAUGUGGGCACACAGUACCGCUCCGGGAUAUACUUCUACACGCCGGAGCAGGAGGAGGCGGCGCGGGCGUCCUUGGAGCGGCAGCAGAAGCUGCUGAACGGGAAGAUCGUCACCGAGAUCCUCCCAGCGAAGAAGUUCUACAGGGCGGAGGAGUACCACCAGCAGUACCUUGAGAAAGGUGGCCGCUUUGGCUUCCGCCAGUCCGCCGCCAAGGGCUGCAAUGACCCCAUCCGCUGCUAUGGCUAG